UUAUUUCUUCUUGCGGACAAUCACCUACCACACUGAGGGAACCGUUUCAACUCCCGCCAGAAACUCUCACCACCGUACCCACUCCAACCACCAAAGAAAGCAUCACUAUAUCUUCUUUGGGGACUUCCAAUUCUAGCACAAACAUACCCCUAAUUCAACCGAUAAUCUUUAAAAACCCUAGAGGGAAAAGAAGGGUCCGAUUCCAAAGUUGCUCCAAUCAUGGCUCCUAUCUCCUCUUCAACUGAACUGGCAGAGAAGAUCUCCUGGUACAGUGCACUGCUCCUGGCACUCAUGCUGGUGUUGAGCUGCUGUGAAUCCGCCCAGAGUCAUGAUGAGAUCAUGGUUCGGCUGCACAAGAAGGACGCGAAGAAGCCAUGCGAUGAGAUUUACGUAGUUCGGGAAGGAGAAACUCUGCACACCAUCAGCGAAAAAUGUGGGGAUCCUUAUAUCGUGGAAGAGAACCCCCAUAUUCACGACCCCGACGAUGUUUUUCCCGGACUUGUUAUCAAAAUUACCCCUUACAAUUAUAGGUAGAGUUGAUUGAUCUUUCGAGCAUCUGUUUUUUCUUUUUUUCUUUCAAAUUAUUAACUCUGUCUGUGAAGGUAAACAACACCCGAUCCUGAGUGUAUAUAAUUUGAUGUAUAUGUGAGAGGUUUGUGUUAUUCUCCUUUACUUAGGAGACUAACUAACUAAGAUAAUACCGUAUAUUUUUCUUCCUUGGGUGUGAUGAAGGCUGUAUAUAUACGUAUACACAUGUAUAUCUUCGCACUUUCAAAAGUUGAAAGUACGUAUUUUUAAUUUUAGAUCAAUCGGGGCUGCCCAGACUGAAUUUUAAUUUUUAUCUUAA